AUGUAUGUGAAAUGGUUUGAUACAGUAAUGUUAUACUAUGUGAUUUUAGUGAAUUUAGUGAAUGUCACUUUUAAAAUUUUAACAUUUCCCGCCAGUUCCAUCCCCCGUACGUCCAGUACGUCCUGACAUCGCAGGGAACGGAACCCAGAUGACAGAUGCCGGCAUCGACCGGAGGACAUUGCCGGGGACACUGCAGGGGGGACAUCGCGGGAGUGCAGGACAAGGUAAGAGAAGAACAGAUCCCGGAGCAACUCUGCAGGGUAUUCCCGAGUGUAGCUCGGGGUUACCGCUUGUGCUACACUCGGGAAUACCGCCAGGGAGGUUAAGA